CCAUGGCACAGGGAAGAGAAAUGGCUGCAGUGGAGCCAGCCCAGGGGCCGAUGACCUUUGAGGAGGUGGCUUUGCAUUUCACCAGGGAAGAGUGGGCUCUGCUGAACCACACUCAGAGAGCCCUCUACUGGGAUGUCAUGCUGGAGAAUUAUGAGACUGUGACCUCUCUGGGGUUUCUGGUUUUCCAGCAUGAUGUGGUCUCCCAUCUGGAACAAGGGGAAGAGCCGUGGGUCCCAGACCUCCAGGGUUCAGAGAAGAGAGAGAUCCUGAGAUCUCCCCGCACAGAUGAGGAAACAUUAAACCAACUCAGAAUCUCAGGUGAUACAAUGAGAUGUGAGAAAGAGGAGCAGAAUUCUCAUCAGGGAAAUGUUGAGGAAGUGGAUAAACACGGAGCAUUCUCACAAAGAAUGAAAAGGAAUGUGUCCAGCAGUCAUGAGCAGGGAAGAUCGUGUGAGGUUCAUCACAGAUCAGCAAAAGAGCAGGGAAACCAGCCAGAGGAGAAAAUGGAUCAAUUUAUUUCCUGUCAGGGAACUCAGAAGAGCCUUAAGGAAACCAGAAGACAGCAGGAAAUCUGCAGGGAAAAGCAAAAAACUACAUGCGCUGAGUGUGGGAAAACCUUUAAUUAUCGCUCACACCUUAUUAGGCAUCAGAGAAUCCACACUGGGGAGAAGCCCUAUGAAUGCCGUCAGUGUGGGAAACUCUUCACUGAAAGAUCAGUGCUUAUUAGGCAUCAGAGAAUCCACACAGGGGAGAGGCCCUAUGAAUGCAGUGAGUGUGGAAAACUCUUCACUCAAAGAUCAACCCUUAUUACCCAUCAGAGAAUCCACACACGGGAGAGGCCCUAUGAAUGCAGUGCGUGUGGAAAACUCUUCACUCAUAGAUCAACCCUUAUUACCCAUCAGAGAAUCCACACAGGGGAGAGGCCCUAUGAAUGCAGUGAGUGUGGAAAACUCUUCACUCAAAGAUCAGCCCUUAUUACGCAUCAGAGAAUCCACACAGGGAAGAGGCCGUAUGAAUGUAGUGAGUGCAGGAAAACCUUCAGUCAAUUCUCUCACCUUAUUACCCAUCAGAGAAUCCACACAGGGGAGAGGCCAUAUGAAUGUAGUGAGUGCAGGAAAACUUUCAGUCAACGCUCUCACCUUAUUACCCAUCAUAGAAUCCACACAAGAGAGAAAGCCUAUGAAUGCACAGAGUGCGGGAGAACCUUCAAUCACAGCUCACCCCUUAUUGGGCAUCAGAGAAUCCACACAAGCGAGAGGCUCUGCGAAUGCCAUCAGCAGGCCUGCACAACUCGUAAAGCGGCGAGGGCCACAUUACUCCAAAAAAAAACAGGCCCCCAUCGUAGCAUCUGA